UCUCCCUUUGUUAACUUGAUCGGAGUAUUUAUUUAUCCGCUCUGCAAGGCUAUCACCAUUAAAAACAUACUGUUGGGGUCACUAAUCUCAUUGAUAAGUAUAUAAGAUAGCAGAUAAAGAGCAACGACUGUUUAAUUUGGAUAAACAGGCAGUUCCGACUUUUUGACUAUUUCAGUGUUUAGUUUAGUUUGGUUUAUUUUAUUAAUUUUAAGAACAAUUUAAUAUGGAUGAGAAGUCCUAUGAAUGUGAUGUAUGUGGGUUAGGGUUCAAACAAAGUGGAAAUUUAUAUGCACACAAAAGAACACAUACUGGUGAAAAACCAUACACGUGUGAUGUGUGUGAUAAAGGGUUUAGUCAGCGGAGUAAUCUACAGAGACACACAAAAACACAUAGUGACGACAAGCCUUAUACGUGUGAUGAAUGUGGUAAACAAUUCAUCCAAAGUGUCCAUUUAGAAGUCCACAUCAGGUUACAUUCUGGUGAAAAACCUUAUCAGUGUGAAGUUUGCAGCAAAGGAUUUUGUCGAAAUGGCGACUUGACGAUACACAUGAGAACACACGGUACAGAAAAAGCACGGACAAUCAUAUGUGAAAUUUGCGGGAAAGAAUGCAGUCGAAAAGACGUCCUACAGAAACAUAUGAGAACACAUACCGGUGAAAAACCAUUCAUGUGUGUACGAUGCGGUAAAGAAUUCAAUCAGCGUGGAAACUUAAAAGCUCACAUGAGUCAACAUACCGGUGAGAAACCGUAUGCGUGUGCAAUAUGCGGUAAAAGCUUUUAUCUUAACUGCAUCUUGACAAAACAUAUGAAAAAACACAGCGACGAAAAACCUUACGAGUGUGACGUUUGUGGUAAAGGCUUUAAGGAGAACUGGAAUCUACAGAAACAUGUUAAAAUACAUACUGAUGAACCGGUAGAUAAACAUGUAGAAAUAUAUGCCGAGGAACCAAUAGAAAAACUUGUUAAAAUACAUACCAAUGAACUGGUAGAAAAACACAUCAGCGAAAUGCACAUGAUUGAUCCUCAGUAGAGUUCAAUGUUAUAGAGUUUUGAUAUAUUUACCGGGCGUGGACUAUUAUACUUCCUUAUUCCAGAAAUCACGUUAAAAACACUCACUCAGGAAUAAUUUAAGAUGACUGCACCAUGUGCACCCAUGGAAUAUUGUUUAAAUCAUGUCAAAUAACCUCAUUGAAUCUAUAUUAGUAAAUUUAUGUUUGGAAUAAUCUAACACGACUGCACACAGGGAAAGAUCGUUCAAAUCGCGUUAAAUUCCCUCAUGAAAUCCACACUUGUGAGUGUAUGUUUGGAAUAGUUUAAGAUGACUGCACCAUGGGAAAGAUUGUUUAAAUCAUGUUAAAUAACCUCAUUGAAUCACUUGUAAACUUAUGCUUGGAAUAAACUAACAUGACUGCACAGGGAAAGAUUGUUUAUAUCAUAUUAAACACCUAAGUUACCACAUGGAACACACAAUGGUUAACUUAUG